GAGACCCACAAACUUCCAAAAAUUGGCGAGGUGUGAAAGGCAAGGCAAAGGGAAGGAGUGGGAAUCAGACACCCCUUCCACUUUACCCUGUUCCGACAUCCCUCAUACCCCGAGGCACCGUCUUCAUUAAUAAGAUGGAUUCCGUCUUCACUGAUUCAGAAGAGAGUGAGCCGGGCCGAGCCCCUAAUUGGGCCAUAUUGGUGACUGCUGUAGCUGCCAUCAUCAUAUCUAUAUUUGGGUUCUUCGGUAAUUUGCUGACCAUCCUGGCCUUGCCCUACGAAAGCCGCCUGCGGCACGCCGCUACCUACCUGGUGGUGAACCUGGCGGUGGCUGAGGGCAUUUUCUGCGUCACCAUCCUGCCCAUCUCCGCCGCCCACCUCUUCCACCUCUACGUCAACGACGGAGACGCCCUCUUUAGUGACAAUGGCUGCAACGUCUUCGUCUUCUUGCGAUACGUCAAUAUCCAGGCCGAGCUCCUCUCUAUAGCUGCAAUAGCUGUCAACAGGUAAGACAGGAGACUUCAA